CCAUAUUGCAAUUGAAAUAUGGGCCAAGAGAUAUCGCAACAGCAGCAGCAACACCACAACCAUAACCACAACCAUAACCACAACCUAAACCUCAACCACAAUCACAGCCACAGCCACAACCUGAAUCCGAAACGUGGUCAGCCGCUACGCAGGAGCUACAAGGAUCCCAUUUACACGCCCGCCAGCCAACUGUCGAGCAGCUGCAGCUCGCAGAGCACCCAGGACGACUACGAGGCCAACUAUCGGCUGCGCCACAAAUACAAUCUAUCCAAGCAGACGUACGAACGGACCAAGAUCCUGGCCAGCAACGUGUCGGUGCAGCAUCAUCGCAACAGUCUACCUGUGUCAGACAGUGAUUCGCAUUACGCCAAGCUAAACGGCAAAAAUUUGCUGCGCAGCAGCUCGCAGAGUUCGGAUAGUGGCAUUUACAACUCAUCGUGCCACUGCUCCUCGUUGUCAUCACUGUCGGCGGUCAGCAGCAGUUCGGCCAGCUCGAGCAGCGGCUGUCCCAGUUCGCUGGUGUCGAGCAAGUCAAGCCGAUUGCAGCAGGACAAGCAAAAGCACUAUCUGAGCCACCAUCUGUAUAUCAAGUCUUAUCUGGAUAUCUUGGAGGAGGACGAGCGUGCACGCGCCCACUUCAAGUCAGCACGUCCGGGCGGCAUUCGCAACUACACGCCCAAGAUACUUGGUGGUGGCAGCGGUGAUUCAACCACCUCAACGUUGUCCGCCAGUGCGCCAGCCAGUGCCAGCGUUGGCUAUAAGAAUCCUCCCAAACGGGCAACUGUUGGUGGCAGCUCAAGCAGCUCGGCGGCUGCUUGUAACGGUAGCGUUGCGGGCCGAACUUGCCAGGGUUAUCAAAGUGUCGAUCCCGAGAACAAGGUCCAGGAACCAUCAGUCAUACGUCGCCAGUAUGACUUUGUGGUGAUUGGUGGCGGAUCCGCUGGCGCUGUGGUGGCUAAUCGCUUGAGCGAGGUGCGCAACUGGACGGUGUUGCUGCUGGAGGCGGGCGGCGAUGAGACAGAGAUCUCGGAUGUGCCCGCACUAGCUGGCUAUCUUCAGUUGACCGAACUGGACUGGAAAUACCAGACGUCACCAUCAUCGACGCGUCAGUACUGCCAGGCGAUGAAGGGCGAUCGCUGCUUCUGGCCGCGUGGCAAGGUCCUGGGCGGUAGUUCCGUUCUAAAUGCGAUGGUCUAUGUGCGUGGCUCGAAGAACGAUUACGAUCACUGGGCAUCGCUGGGCAAUCCGGGCUGGGAGUACAAGCAUAUGCUGAAAUACUUUCUCAAAUCGGAGGAUGUGCGCAAUCCGUAUUUGGCAACGACGCCCUAUCAUGAAACUGGCGGCUAUUUGACGGUGCAGGAGGCGCCGUGGCGCACACCGCUCUCCAUUGCGUUCCUGCAGGCGGGCAUGGAGAUGGGCUACGAGAAUCGGGAUAUCAAUGGCGCCAAGCAGACGGGCUUUAUGCUCACCCAAAGUACCAUAAGGCGCGGGGCCCGCUGCAGUACAGGCAAAGCCUUCAUUCGACCGGUCCGUCUGCGCAAGAAUCUAGAUGUGGUGCUGCAUGCAGAGGCGACACGACUGCUGCUCGACAAACAGAAGCGCACCGUGGGCGUCGAGUAUAUGAAGGGUGGACGCAAACAGUUGGUAUUUGUGCGCCGUGAGGUUAUACUCAGUGCCGGAGCACUCAAUUCACCAAAAUUACUAAUGCUGAGUGGCAUUGGACCGGCGGAUCAUCUGCAGGAGCAUAAUAUACAAGUUGUCUCCGAUUUGCCCGUGGGCAAUAAUAUGCAGGAUCACGUGGGUCUAGGCGGACUCACAUUUGUCGUGGAUGCACCGCUGACAGUGACGCGUAAUCGCUUUCAAACUAUACCCGUUUCCAUGGAGUAUAUAUUGCGUGAACGUGGUCCGAUGACAUUCUCGGGAGUUGAGGGUGUCGCCUUUUUGAAUACGAAAUUUCAGGAUCCCGCUGUCGACUGGCCGGAUGUGCAAUUCCAUUUUCUGCCCAGUUCAAUCAAUUCGGAUGGCGGUGAACAGAUACGCAAGAUACUGAAUCUAAGAGAUGGUUUCUACAAUACAGUCUAUAAGCCACUGCAGCACAGCGAAACAUGGUCUAUACUGCCGCUGCUGUUGCGGCCUAAGAGCAGCGGCUGGGUGCGUUUGAAUUCGCGGAAUCCACAGCAACCGCCCAAGCUAAUACCGAACUACUUUGCACACCAGCAGGACAUCGAUGUGCUCGUCGAGGGCAUCAAGCUGGCAGUGAACGUGUCCAGCACGCAGGCAUUUCAGCGCUUUGGUUCACGACUGCAUAAUAUACCGUUGCCCGGUUGCAGGCAUCUGGCAUUCCAGUCAGAUGCUUAUUGGGCGUGCUGCAUUAAACAGUUCACCUUCACCAUUUAUCAUCCGGCGGGCACCUGCCGCAUGGGUCCCAGUUGGGAUGUGACCGCCGUUGUGGAUCCCAGGCUGCGUGUUUAUGGCGUCUCCGGUUUACGUGUUGUGGACGCCAGCAUUAUGCCCACCAUUGUCAAUGGCAAUCCGAAUGCGCCAGUUAUCGCCAUUGGUGAGAAGGCAUCCGAUAUGAUUAAGGAGGAUUGGGGCGCACGCAGAGCGGCAGCAGCCAAACUUUCUGCUGGUGUUCCUGCUACCGCAGGCUAG